AAAGACGAAACAUGCGGUUCACAACGACGCUCAACUCCCAUUUCUCGCAUCUCUCCUCCCAGUCCUUCCUUUUGUGUUUCUCUUGAAUAUGCAACUUCUUCAUGCUCCUUCCUCAAUUUACACUUCAUUCCAAUCCUCAAAAACACUCUCAAAAGCAGGAUUACUUUUACCUGAGAAACCUUUUCUAUUAUCAGCUAUAAGUUGUUAUGUUCAACCACAACAAGGACUUGAAAGGUCUAUAUGGGUAUCACGUAAAAGGUCCAUUUUUAGCUCCACCACAAUUAAAGCUGCCUCUGUUGAAGCUGGUGCUUCUACAAUAUUAAGUGGGACCGCAGAGAAUGAUGUGCUAAAAGCAUUGUCUCAAAUCAUUGACCCGGAUUUUGGGACAGACAUAGUCUCAUGUGGUUUUGUGAAAGAUCUGAACAUCAAUGAGGCUUUUGGAGAGGUUUCAUUUCGGUUAGAGCUCACUACACCAGCAUGUCCAAUCAAGGACAUGUUUGAGCAGCAGGCAAAUGAGGUGGUGAAAAAUCUUCCUUGGGUCAAGAAUGUUAAUGUGACAAUGUCAGCACAGCCAGCAAGACCAAUUUAUGCUGGCCAACUUCCAGCAGGUUUACAGACAAUUUCAAAUAUCAUAGCAGUUUCAAGUUGCAAGGGAGGUGUGGGAAAAUCAACUGUAGCAGUAAACUUGGCAUAUACGUUGGCUGGUAUGGGUGCUAGAGUCGGUAUAUUUGAUGCUGAUGUCUAUGGUCCAAGCUUACCGACUAUGGUUUCCCCUGAAAACCGACUAUUGGAAAUGAACCCAGAGAAGAAAACAAUUAUUCCUACUGAAUACUUGGGAGUGAAGCUGGUAUCUUUUGGAUUUGCUGGACAAGGUCGUGCAAUAAUGCGAGGCCCUAUGGUUUCUGGGGUCAUCAACCAACUUCUAACAACAGCUGAGUGGGGGGAGCUAGAUUACCUUGUUGUGGACAUGCCCCCGGGAACUGGUGAUAUUCAAUUAACAUUAUGCCAGGUAGUCCCAUUAACUGCUGCUGUUAUUGUUACCACACCUCAAAAGCUAGCUUUUAUAGACGUUGCAAAAGGAGUUCGAAUGUUUUCAAAGCUUAAGGUGCCAUGUGUUGCUGUAGUGGAAAAUAUGUGCCACUUCGAUGCUGAUGGGAAGCGUCAUUACCCGUUUGGCAGAGGUUCAGGUUCUCAGGUAGUCCAGCAGUUUGGAAUUCCUCAUCUGUUUGAUCUCCCCAUUAGACCAACUCUAUCUGCUUCUGGAGAUAGUGGAAUGCCCGAAGUGGUAGCUGAUCCUCUGAGUGAAGUUGCCCAGACAUUUCAGAAUCUAGGGGUAUGCAUUGUGCAACAGUGUGCCAAGAUUCGCCAACAAGUAUCUACAGCUGUCACCUAUGAUAGAUCACUCAAGGUAAUUAGGGUGAAGGUACCAGAUUCAAACGAAGAAUUUCUUCUGCAUCCUGCAACUGUGAGACGAAAUGACCGCUCUGCUCAAAGUGUGGAUGAGUGGACGGGGGAGCAAAAGUUGCAAUACACCGAUGUCCCAGAAGAUAUUGAACCCGAAGAAAUUCGACCAAUGGGAAAUUAUGCUGUGUCAAUAACGUGGCCGGAUGGAUUUAGCCAGAUUGCACCCUAUGAUCAACUGCAAACGAUGGAGCGGCUAGUUGAUGUUCCUGAGCCAUCUCCUGCACAGGUGUAGUAGCUUCAAGUGAAUGUUAAUAGAGACUAGAGAAAGUUAUCAAUCAUUCUGAACAACCAGUUACCAGCUAUGUGAAAAUUAGGCCCACAGAAGGUCUUUCCUCAAUGUAUCCUGUCUAGAUUGAGGCAAUCUAGUUAUAAUUUAUUUAUUUUUUGGUGAAUUAAGCACUUUAAAAGACAAUUCGAUAGAGAAAAUCUUAUUGCAUUUGUGGUUUCCUGGGUAGUGUUAUAUGCUUUAAAAUAAUUGCCAGGAAUUCAUGUCCUUGUCAAUUCAUCUUUUUCCAACGUUUCCAAAUAAUGGCAAUCAGCUGGUUACUUGA